AUGACUCAAGAUAAUCAAAGCUCGACUUCUCCCCAACAUCAGUCGUACCUCAACAACGAUGGCAUUGACGAGUUGACGCCUGCCGUCAGAAAACACCGUGUGUCGUCGUUGUCUUUGUCUGACUUGAACCAGUGGCAGAACGGCUUGACCAAGUUGUCGUCCUCUACGUCUUUGAGCAAACAGGGCUCGCACGCCAACUUGAAGAAGGUCGACUCGUUGGCCAAGUUGUCGCGUAACUCCUCCAUCAUCCGCAGAAAGAAGAAGUCCGUGGUCGACCACCCUCGUGUGGCCUCCUACGCGUUCUGCUUCGAUAUCGACGGUGUCAUUUUGCGUGGCCCCAACACCAUCCCGGAGGCCGUGGAGGCCAUCAGACUCUUGAACGGUGAAAACAAAUACAACAUCAAGGUUCCUUCGAUUUUCGUCACCAACGGUGGUGGUAAGCCCGAGAGCCAAAGAGCCGAGGACUUGUCCAAGAGAUUGGAGACCGAGAUCCGUAUCGACCAGAUCAUCCAAGGUCACACCCCAAUGAGAGACUUGGUUCCUCUCUACAAGAACGUCUUGGUUGUCGGUGGUAUCGGAAACGUUUGUCGUAACGUGGCCGAGUCCUACGGUUUCAAGAACGUUUACACUCCAUUGGACAUUUUAAAGUGGAACCCUGCUGUUUCGCCAUACCACGACUUGACCGAAGAGGAGCUCAUCUGUUGCAAGACCGAUGUUGACUUCUCCAAGACUCCAAUUGAUGCCAUCAUGGUGUUCGCCGAUUCCCGUAACUGGGCCGCCGACCAACAAAUCAUCUUGGAGUUGCUUUUAUCCAAGAACGGUGUCAUGGGAACCGAGUCCAAGACAUACAACGAGGGCCCAGAGAUCUACUUUGCUCACUCCGACUUCAUUUGGGCCACUAACUACAAGUUGUCCAGAUACGGUAUGGGUGCUUUGCAAGUCUCUAUUGCUGCUUUGUACAAGGAGCACACUGGCCACGAGCUUAAGGUGCACAGAUUCGGUAAGCCUCAAGUUGGCACUUUCAAGUUCGCCAACAAGGUUUUGAGUAAGUGGCGUAAGGGUAUGUUGGAUGAGCACUUGAAGAAGCUCAGCAUCAACGACCCUAACGCCAGCGAGGCUGAUAUUUUGAUUAACGACGAGGGUGAAGAGUUUAUCAACCAAGCCAAGUUGGAGUCUGGUAACUACUCCGAAGAUGAGGAGGACGAUGAAACUGCUGCCGACAAAUUGGGCGAGCUUUCCUUGCAAGACAAGAUUACCUUGCAAUUGCCUCCCGCCUCUACUGUUUACUUCGUCGGUGACACUCCCGAGUCUGACAUCAGAUUCGCCAACUCUCACGAUGACUCGUGGUUCUCCAUUCUUGUCAAGACUGGUGUCUACCAAGAGGGCACCGUUCCAAAGUACAAGCCAAAGCACUUGUGUGACAACGUUUUGGAGGCUGUCAAGUUUGCCAUUGAGAGAGAGCAUGCCAUGGAACUCGCUGAGUGGAACGAGACUGCUGAGGAUGAAACCCCAGCUAGAGUCUCUUCCAAGAUCAACUUCAGCGACUUUGUCAUGACUCCAAGUGAGAAGAAGGCUGAGGAGGACAAGCAAAGAGCCAAGACUCAAGUUGUUGACGAGCUUGAGGAGCUUGAGGUUCCAGACAUGCUCAACGCACAGCUUGAUAAGUUGAGAAACGUGGGAGCCUAA